AUGGAAUCAUCAUGUUCUUAUGUUCCAACCAUCAACCUGCAGCCUCCAGCAGUUGACUUUAUCGAUAACCAUCUAGACUCACCCCAUACUGCCUGUACAACGCCACCAUCACGAUACAGUGCAAGACAAGGGGCUUAUAUCAUUUGCGAGCCCCUUCAUUCUUCUCAAAAACUCACUGCACCUGUCUCGCCGACUGGACUAGCUGCACAGUCGUGCCUGUCGACACCGCGGAAUGUGCAGAUUCCUUCGAGACAGCUUGUGGAUCAGCCCAUGGUGGCACUCAAAUUCUGGGACAGCCUUUUCCAUCGUGCUAUGAGUCAACUGAAAGAAAACCAUCCAACGGAACCCGAUUUAAAGCAGGGUUUUGGAAUUCGCGACAAGACGGAUUGUACCGCAGUCUUUGAUCAGCUUGAAAAGGCUAAAGAGACGUAUAGCAAGAAGGACAAGAGCUUCACGGCCAAGUUCACCCGGGUAUAUAGGAAGUUUGUUGAUAACGCUGCUGAGCCUCUGCUUGGCGCCUCCAAGUUCGUGCCCAACAUCGAUUAUGUCACGCCAAUAUUAGGAGCUGUUCAAAUUCUUCUCGAGGCAGCCAUAAAAGCAGCAAAGGUCCGAGAGGAGGUUUUGAGCGCUUUUGACGAUAUCGACAAGGUAUUCUCUCAAGUGGAGGGUUUUCUCGAAAUAUACAAGAAUGACAUGAACCUUGAGAAGGUUUCUAUCGAUUUGAUAGCUACAGUCUUCUACGCCAUAGAAUGCGUUAUUGGCUUUUUUAUUAAGAGCCCAGGCGAUACUGACAUCGCAUUCGGUGAUCUAGGCAAGAGGGUAAUUCCCGCUACUUUCAAUCCUGAAAGUUAUAAGUACGCGAUUACGGAAAGCCUUUGUGCAAUUAAAGCUAAGGCUGAACAUCUCAUCUCCCAAGCUGAUAUGUCGGCGAAAUAUGAGACGAGAAAUGGCCUGCAAAUGGUUUUAGAUCGCAUGCCGACACCUGAAGAGAUCGAAGACAUACGUCGGGGUCAGCACUUUGUGAACACAUCGGUUCUUAGACUCCUUAAUGAGUACAAUAACAAUUUGAGAGCGAUCUACAUGGACAGGAUGGCCUUCGGAUAUUCUCGCCCUUGCUCACCAGUUCCUCCCAUGGAACAAGUGAAUGUAGAGCAACGCAUCAGCCCGCAGGAACUCCUGGACUGGAUCAAUAUCCCAGAUCUUCUGGUGGGAGAUAAAGAAAUCAUCGAUCGCAUGAGACACAUCAGGGUACCGUCAGUGGAACGAGCACGCGCCGAGCAGCUUGUGAAUACUGGACAGCUCAGAGAGUGGCUAGUUUCUCCUCACUCAGCACAACUUCUCAUCCACGGAAACUACGACAUCAGAUGCCGGGUAUCGGGACUAACGCUUCUGUGCACGUCUCUGGCAGGCUCUCUCGCAGAUAGAGCCCCAAAUUGUCUCUGUCUGUUAUUCUAUUGCGGGCUACACGAUAACUUCGAUUACGACGAGUAUACCGGGGGUCGUGCUGUGAUUCAAAGCUUCAUAUGUCAGCUCCUUUGCCAGUAUGACUUUAGCAACUGCAUCUCUGUGGGUGAUGUAAGGCCAGACCUGCUUCACCUCGACGAUGUCGACGAGCUUUGCUGCUUAUUUGAGAGGCUCGUAUUCCAGCUACCAAGGUCCACUUUAUUGGUGUGUUUGAUUGACGGCGUUGUGUACUAUGAGCGAGAAGAGUUUAUGGAGAGUAUGGCUGACGUGCUGGUGACACUUCUAAGGAUUUCGAAGGAGCAGAGGACCAGCGCAAAUAUCAAGGUUCUUCUUACUAGUCCUACAAAGACCAUGGAAGUUCGCCGACCAUUCCAUGAUGAGCUUAUUCUUUGUAUGGAAUCGAGAGCUCGGUCAGGAGUGGCUGCUAGUAAAGGGAGACUUGAGCGACAAUUGAACGAGCAUGUAAAUGGCGUCACAGAAUUAGAUGAUAGACGGAUGUUGAACAUAGAUGGCCAUGGGUAACCGCAAG